AUGCCUCCAAUACGACACAGCCCAUCAUCUUCUCACAUCAAAGUUCGUCAGCGAAGCCGAAGAGCUUGCGCGCCAUGUCGGAAACGCAAGAUCAAAUGCGACGGCGAUGAGCCAUGCGCAGCUUGUACCGGCUACGGCUACAAAUGUAUAUACGCUGAGCGUCAAGGUCCAGCAGCAUCACCUAAGCCUCCAGGCUCCUCAGUAACAACUGCUUUUAUACCUACGCCAGAUAGUAACGAAAUCACCAUGUCCUCUAAUGCUACCGAGGCACCCCCACUUCAAAGAGAGGACGCUCCCUAUCUGGCUGCAGAAAGCCGCGUUCCAGCUGCAGACGCAAAUGGCGCCUUACUUUACCAAUCCAUCAAAACACGCUUCACCAGCUCCUCAAGCGCAAUUGCCUUCCCGGCAAAGUUGGGAGUAUCCCUUGGGGUGGCAGAACCUCCUCGUCUUCAAGCUUUUGCUUGGAACCCUGGCUCGCGCCCAGAGCAGUUCCGUCUCCCUGAAAAAACAAUUUGUGAUAUCAUUAGCCUAGAGCAAAUGAAAGUCUAUGCGGAAAAGUAUUUCAAGGAAGUGCAUGUUUAUUUUGGGAUCCUUAGUCAGGAGGAAUCAUUCGUGGGCCGUUGUGUGGAGUUCUGGGCCUCGUCGAAUAAACAUGGGACUGAUUUCGAAGGGCUGAUCUGUGGUGUCGUCGCACUGGGAUCCUAUUUCUCGGGCGCAGCUGGCUCGCCCGUUGAAGCGGAGAUCGUAGAGCACGGCAGGAUUUUACUCGAUUUAAGCACAGCUCAUCCCCCGUGCUUCUUGUCCGUCAAGCACGUCAGCGCGUGGAUUUUACGUGCUAUAUAUCUCCGCUGUACAACACGUCCGCAUCUGUCCUGGAUGGCGUCCUGUACAGCCGUGCAUGUCGCUGAAGUGCUUGGCUUGCAUCGCGAUAUUCGGAAUCUCCGCAAGACGCAGAAUCCGCCCCGAGAGACCACUCCACUGGAGGAGGAUCUCAGGAGACGAAAGUUCUGGGUCGCGAUGGCGCUGAAUCAGUUUCUUGCUUCGGAGUAUGGAAGGACGCGGAUCCAGCUUGACCACGUGGAUUGUACGCCGCUGCUGCCAAAGGCUGGUGAUCUCACGGCGCAGACGAUCGCCAUCAUGAAAUCUGUCCCUAGUUCCAACGGCACGGUGUCGGAUUUAUAUUCGGCACUGAACUUAGCUGUUGCAUUACCUGUUGAUUCCCCUUUUCAUGAUCUGCUGAAAGCAGAUGUAUGUUUCUGUAUCUACCGUAUGUUCCGCUCUGCGAACCUCGCUCUCUCAUCCUCACAGACUGGUGCGCUGCUGGAGGUAAUAAGGGUUGCGUUGAAUGGAGUCAAAUUCCUCCGAACAACGAGGUGUUGUUGGUGGAAUAUUAUCGGAACGCCCUUUCAUUGCGUCUGUGUACUUCUCUCCAUCACAAGCUCUGAAAGUCUGGCUAUGAUACCCAAUGCGCUGGAAAGGCUCAAGGACACGGUUGCGGUCUAUGAUUCGCAUAUCUCGAAUGAGGCGCUCCGGACCGCUCAUGCGCUUGUGCAGGGUGCAAAAGCGAAGAUGGGGAGGAAUAUGCAGAGUUUGGAGACGGGGUUGAGUAUUGUGGGGGAUAUGGCAGAGGAUAGGCCAGUGGCUAAUGAAUAUCUUGAGUGGGCUGCUUGGGAGGACAUGGGGCAACUCGAUUACUUUGAUUUCGGGGGGUAUGAUGAUGCUGGGAUGUUGGACUCAGGGUUGUAUUCGGGACUUGAACAAUGA